AUGAGUGUCAAUAUUAAAGGCGAAAAUAAUGAAAGCCAUCCGUCGGAGCUACAUGAUGGUAAUAAUGAAGGUCAUAACUUUAAUAAUGAUGAUAUACCCGAGCCUCAAAGUCAGAGUAAUCAACAAGCUCAUGAUGACCAAGUUGAUAUAAAUAUGGAUGAGAUUGAUAAAGUGAUAUCUGAGUCUAUUACCCAUGGAAAUGAACAAGCUGAAUAUCAACAAUCGUACAUUGAUAGCAACGAUAGCUCAAAACGAGAACUUGAUGAGCCUGCUGAUAGUAACGCGGAGGAUAACACUAAGCGUCAAAGGAUAGACGAAUAUGGGGCCAAUUCUAGUAAAGAUAACUAUACAAAUAAUGCUUCCGGAGAAGAGGAAAAACAAACAAGUAGUUCUGGGAAUGAAACCGGGUCAAAUGAGAGUAAUGAAAUUCCGCAACAAGGAUCUGAUGGCUCAGACAGUUCAAAAGCACAACAGCAAGAAAAAGAAGGUCAGGAUAUGACGAAGGGGAUCCAUGAGAAAGAGAGAGAGGAUUCUGGAAAAAAUGAAGGCGAGAUCCAAGCCAAUCGUGAAGAUAAAGAUAACCACGAAGAAGUUGGUCAACUGGGUGAACAAGAGGCCCUGACACAAGAAGCAGGGCAAGAUAAGAACGAGCAAAAUAAUGAAUUGGAAUUGGAGUUCGAAAAGGCUAUUGAGGAUCACCACCAACAAAUGUCUCAAUCUCCUGAGCCGACUAACCAAGGUGAGGGCGUAAUAAACGAAAAGAGAGAUUUACAGAUGAUUGCAAACGAAUUAGAAAAGGCAACCGAGUCCAAUAAGGAUGCGACUAAGGAGAAAGAAACGGAUGAAAGUCUCCAAACAAAAGUAUUUCAUGGGGGAAUAAACGUUCCUGCUAAUUCUGAAUUACUAAAUACUAACACAGCGUAUGCUGCGUACAACGCGUUAUCAAGCCAAUUACCACCACUUUCAAUUCUAGCAAAUGCUCAUUUAGCGGCUUUACCAUUACCGAUCGUAGCAGCGGAUUACCUCCCACCCAGAAUUCAACUAUUAAUUAAUACUUUGCCUACAUUGGAUAAUUUAGCAUCGCAGUUGUUGAGAAUCGUUGCUCUUGGCCCGUAUCAGAAAAUAUUGGACUUGGCGGCUCAUCCUGACACCCCUGCAGGGGCAACAUUUCGUGAUUUGACUUCGUUAUUCGAAUUCACCAAACGAUUAUAUUCAGAGGAAGAUCCAUUUUUGUCGGUGGAACAUUUGGCUCCGGGCAUGUGGAAAGAAGGCGAUAAAACUCCAAGUAUUUUCAGAAAUAGGGAACAACUGAUUGAACUGACGUUGAGAAAGGUUAACUUGGCCACUUUCUUGGGAGCAACUCUAGGUACGAUAGAGGUUGGGUUUUUCUACUUGAAUGAAUCGUUUUUGGAUAUCUUUUGUCCAGCUAAUAACCUCGAUCCCACGAAUACAUUAUCCAACAUGAGCCCCCAUAACAUGAGCUUGCAAAGUGGUGUAAAUACCAUAAUCGGCGAUAAAAUCGGAAAAUUGUUGAAGCCACAAACAGUGUUGUAUCUCGAUUUAAAGACACAGGCAUACAUAUCAGCUAUCGAAGCUGGUGGAAGGUCAAGAGAAGAUAUCUUGGAGGAUAUCUUGCCGCAUAAUUUAGAGGACAUUUUAUUGGAGAGACGCAAAACUAAAAUAUUGACUCCUACGGAAUUUGACUUUAUAGACCGUUGCAAGUCACGAAAAGAGAUAUUAUUGAACUAUCCAAGUGACAAGGUACUCAGUGAAGAAUAUGACUGGUUGUCAUUUUUGAAAGAACUCUUUGAAUACUCUGCAAAAAACAUGGGCUUUUUAAUCUGGGGUAAGAAGGGAAGAGCCACAAAAGAAAAGAACACUAAUCCUAAAGAAACCGAUGCCUCCAACACGCCCCACAGCGACGAGGUCGUGGCAAAUGCUUCGUCGCGCGACACCGCCACCACCGCAUCUACAAGCCAUAAUCCUACAACCUACGAUUUGAGGAGUCAAGAAAUCAGUGACAUAACCAAGGCCCUCUUGCCCUCGGAAAUCCAAGAGCAACAAAUCCAUCUCAGAUUGAACCCUGGCUCAAACGUCAAAAGCUUACAGAGACGUCCAUGGACACGAGAAGAAGAAAAGGCUCUCAGACACGCAUUAGAGUUGAAGGGACCUCUGUGGUCCAACAUCUUGGAAUUGUUUGGUGCCGGAGGAAAAAUAUCCGAAGCCUUAAAAAACAGAUCCCAGGUACAACUCAAGGACAAAGCCAGAAACUGGAAGAUGUUCUUCCUAAAGUCCGGCCUACCUGUCCCUGCAUACUUACAGAAGGUUACCGGUGACCUCGAAAGAGAUGACAGGCUGAGACAAAACAAAAGGCUAAAUAGGAAUAGGAAAACGGCUGCUGCACCGGUUCCUACUCCAAUCCAAAAUCAGAAGUCCCCCGGUCAGUAG